GCCGAUAUACUUUUAAAACGGUACCUCACAUUUCCCGUUCACUUCUAGCCGUUGCGCUACUUCAGUUCCCCUUUCUUGGCGUCUGCGCCCACCAUCGUGAUUAUCGGUGUAGAUCCGGCACAAGCAUCCUAAGCAGCAAAUCAUUGUUCCUCUCGCCACACUGAAUCGAGAAGAAAUCGCGGCUCGCGCUGCCGCCCAGCGAGAGAGAAUCGGGGACUCGGGGUGAGGAGGAUGAGAGGGCUCAGAUCGCGGAUCCUGCGAACCUUGCAGUCCGCCGCCGGUCAGACCAAUACGCUGCUCCCUUCUCCCGCCGCGCCGCCCGAGAAGCGCCACAUCCUCCAGGAGCGCUUGCCGUCUCCCGUGCCGCCGGGAGCAGAGGCUGUGCCUGAUCCGCCCACCGUCUCUGACGAAGGAGGCACGGGCGGCGAUGGCGACGGCGAAAAGGAGAACUUUUCGCCGGAGGCCAAUCCAAGGAAGGCCAAGAAGAUGAAGGUGAGCUCUGAUGAAGGGGCCGCCCUCUGCUACCGCCGGCCGGAGCUCGAGUCGGUGACACUCUUCGACCCGGACCUCCUCGCCGCCUUCCGCGGCGUCGUCGACGCCUACGCCCAGGCCCUCGAGAACACCGCCAAGCGCUACCCCGCGUACGACGAGGACGAGGACGGCAUCAUCGCCGCGCUAGAGGAAAGCGCCGGCGUCGACCCCCUGGCGGGGCUCGAGGCCCGGUGCCCGCCGGGCGGCGAGCGCGCGGUGGUGCUCUACACCACCUCGCUCCGCGGCGUGCGCAAGACCUUCGAGGACUGCGCCACCGUGCGCCGCCUCCUCGACGGCCUCCGCGUCGCCUUCCUCGAGCGCGACGUCUCCAUGCACGCGCCCUACCGGGACGAGCUCCGCGCGCUGCUCCUCGGGCGGGACGGCGCCGGCGCCGACGCGAUGCCGGUGCCGCCGCGGCUGUUCGUGAGCGGGCGGUACGUCGGCGGCGCCGACGAGGUGGUGGCGCUGCACGAGCAGUCGCGGCUCCGGCCCAUGCUCCGACGCGCCGCGCGCCGGGGCGCGGGCGAGGCGGCCUGCGCGGUGUGCGGCGGCGCAUGGUUCGUCGUCUGCGGCGGGUGCAGCGGCCGUCAUUGGCUCUAUGACGGCGUCUCGGCAGCUGCCGUGGCCGCCAACCGCGUGCCGUGCUCCGGAUGCAACGAGAACGGGCUCGUGCCGUGCCCGCUCUGCAGCUGAGAUGAUUCUUGCCCUGCCCUGCCCUGACAGACAUGUAAAUCUUUUUUUGCGUACUACCAGGCCCAGGCGCCGGCCUGCAGCGAAAUUCUUUGCGAUUCUUUCACCCUGUAUUAAGUAUUCAUAAUUUACAAUGUUUAGUUCUUAA